AUGGGCAAGGCACCAAAGACGUCCUACGUCGAGAUGGUCGAGCGCGCGGUCGACAAGGCGGGCAAAGGUGAGAAGGUGUCCCGCCGCAAGAUCAAGGAGUACAUCCGCGACACUUGGAGCGUCAAGAUCGACUCGGACUCGGUCAAGGACAGCCUCAAGACGGUCAUCGCCAAGGAGGUCGACGACGGCUACCUCAUCCAGGAGAAGGACUCGUUCAGGUUCUCGCCCAAGGGCAAGAAGCACUUUGUCGAGAAGCACGGCUCGAACGACGAGGAGGGGGAGGAGGACGACGAUGACGAGGAGGAGGAGGACACGCCGAGCAAGCCGAAGAAGGGCAAGAAGGCGGCCGACGAGGACACCGAGUGA